AUGCAGACCUGCUUGCGGCGGGCUGCUGCGGCCAGCAGGCUGCUGCCACAGUGGGAAACAUGCGCCCCGCCACUGCAGCAAUAUCAGCAGCAGGCGGGCUUCGCCAAGCGGGGCGGCGAGUCGGUGGACAACAAGCUGCAGAAGGUGCUGAAGAUGCUGGAGCCCCAGGAGGUGGAGAAGGUGCAACUUAGCGAGGAGGACUACCAGGAAGGAAUGCGGAGACACAAGGAGUACAGCCGGCGGAAGAUGGCGGAGCACCGGCAGUGGCAGGCCGACGUCACGACCAAGAUCAAGCUCAAGGCAGCGGCGGUGGCGGCGCUGCCGCCGCACCUGCGGGCGGCGGCAGAGGUGCCCGACGACGAGCCCUUCCCGCUCAACCGCCAGAUGUGGAGCGAGACACCGCCCAUCGAGGGCUUUGGGGAGGGCGUGGCCACUAUGCAGCAGGCGGGGCUGAAGAGGGUUGGCACCAAGCACCGCAAGUAG